AGAGAGAAAGCUGGAGAGAGGUGGGCCCCAUGUUCCCACCGCCCAUACGCACGCUGUCUGUCUCACCAAAAACCGAACUCAUCAUCCAUCCAACUUCACACACCCCUACCUAACCUUAACCCAAUGAUACUACAACUAUAACCCAACCCAACCCAAAAGUAUCAAAUUCAUCCAACUCAUUCUCUCUAGCUUUCUCUCUUCUCACUUCGUUUUUUUUUUUUUUGCUAAAACUAGAAUAGUUUCUUAAAAACUUGCUUCAGAUAUGAAACUUUGAGUAUUGAGAGAUGUUCUUCUUAUUUCCAAUAAGACGACUCGAUAACCCCAAACCCUCACCACAAGAAAAGGAAAGAAAAGGAUUGUAGUAUGGUUGAUUCACCUCUUUCUCCUGAAUCCCUUAUUGGGUUGUCAAAGCUUCAUUACUUUCCCUUUCCAACUCUUCUUUGGUGAAGGUUACAACUAAAUUUCCUAGGUUAUAGAUGGAUCAAUUAACAGCUCAUGGUCGUCCUCUUCCACCUCCUUUUCACACAAGAGAUGUUCAGUUACAGAAUAACAAUCCUCAUCUCCACGCACAGUUCCAUCACAUACAGCAACAGCAGAAGAGUGAAGAUGAACAACAAAGCGGACAUCGAAAUCAAAAACGAGAUCGUGACGAUAACUUCAGUUUAAAUCCUGAUCCAUCUGGUUCCAUGGAUAGCAAAGGAAACAACACUAUUGGAGAUGGCGGUAGAAGACCAAGAGGAAGACCAGCUGGUUCAAAAAACAAACCAAAACCACCAAUUAUUAUUACUCGGGAUAGCGCAAACGCUUUGAGAUCUCAUGUGAUGGAAAUCGCUACUGGAUGUGAUAUACAAGAAAGUAUAUCAAACUUCGCAACAAGAAGACAACGAGGUGUUUGCAUAUUAAGUGCCAGCGGAACUGUUACAAACGUUACAAUUAGACAACCCGCGUCUCCGGGUGCGGUGGUAACUCUACAUGGGAGAUUUGAAAUCUUAUCUCUUUCCGGUUCCUACUUACCACCGCCAGCACCGCCAGCCGCAUCAGGGCUGACGAUAUACUUGGCCGGAGGACAAGGCCAAGUAGUUGGCGGUAGCGUUGUUGGGCCGUUGAACGCUUCAGGUCCGGUGGUGAUAAUGGCGGCUUCGUUUGGGAAUGCAGCCUAUGAAAGACUUCCACUUGAAGACGAAGAAUCGCCGGUGGGGCAGCAAGGAAGUGGAGGAAAUUUAGGAACAAGUACUAAUCAAGGUGCAGCAGCAGCACAACAAAUUAUGGGUACUGAUCCAAAUGCUAAUAAUUUACUACAAGGAUUGCCUCAAAAUCUACUAAAUUCAUGUCAAUUACCACCAGCUGAAGCUUAUUGGGGACCAGGAGCUCGUCCUCCUUAUUGAUUUUAAAAUUGGGAAUUAACUUCAAAACUAGCUGUCUUCUUUUUUUUUCUCUUUAAUUUGCAUUUUGUUAAUCUUGGAACAUGAUUUCCAAAUUCCAAUAUUAUAGUACAGUAGUACUACUACUACAAACUUCUUUUCUAUUAACCAUCUUUCUUUUUUAAGUGUUAAUUAGUCGGGUUUGUGAGGUUGUGUACACAUCAUCCUUCUUUUCUUCUGACUCAACUUUGUAAGGUUAUUAGUCAUUUAGCGAAGGAUGUAAAAUUUCAAAGUAUCUUUCUUUUUCUUCUUUAUUU